AUGUUUUGCUGUGGCGGAAAACAAGUCUGUAAGGUCUUUCUUUUAGCGGACUUCAUAAUCAUGUCUUUUUCUUCAACCAUCCCCAGAUUGUUCUCUCCUCCUCCUCCUCCUCCUCCUCCUCCUCCUCCUCCUCAUCCUCCUCCUCCUCCUCCUCCUCCUUAGUCGCCUUCCCUUGCCUUCUCUUUUACCUUAUCUGCAUCCUUUAUCCUUCUUCGGCCUUUACUGGCAUCAUUUACUUUUGGCUGCCAAACGUCAUAUUUUGGCUGGAAGUUGCCCUGUAUAUGAUGUUCAUUCCCUAUACAGACGGAAGUAUCAAUGCGCACUUCUGA